AUGAAUCCAGAAAGUUCGGGCAUCGGAUUGCAAAGAAAUGGAAAUUCCCCAGAUAAUAAGCAUUCUUUGAAGCGGACGAAGUCGUUUAGUUUCAAAGCUGUGAAAGAGAAAUUCUUUUUUAAAAAACGACUUUCAAUGCUUGAAAUUUCGUCUACUUCAUUGAACCAAAAUAUUGUGAACGGUAACGAUGACGGAAAAUUACGAUUAAUUUAUGUCACAUCUCGGUCUUCAAUGCCUGUAGAAAGUAAUUUGCUUGUAAAUGAAGACGAUUUAAUAAAAAGGCGGUCGCAGUCAUUUUCGAUUAAGGAUAUCAGACGAAAAUUAAUCGUCUUCCAAAAAUCGAAUGAGCAAGAAAUCCAGCAAAAAUCUCGUGAACGGCGGUCAUUACCACCACAAAUGCAGGCUCGUAAUCCCUCAAAUAUCGGAAAGUCGAGGGCAAGAAAUGACGUGGGCGGCAUAAACUUUCCAGAAGCAUCAGUAGCCUCAACUGGAUUUCGUGAACGAUCGCAGACAUGGUCGUGUAGCACCGAAAGCAAAGUUACAACGUAUCAGUUGCAGCGAUUGAACGAUUUAGAUGCUUUGAAGGCACCUUCAAAGUUCAAUUCAACAAAGAUAUUUUUCCACAGUCUAUUUUCGGCGAAAUCUACGUCUUUUAAUAAUCAACUUGGUCCUUUAUCGAAAGUCGAACGGAACUCAGGCCAUAACCACCAGUCCUCAUCGAUCAAGAUGGACGAUACCCUCGAAUCGUCUAAUGGCUUGAAUAAUUUAUGUUGUUUCACUUCAAAGUCGCCUUCAGGUUGGUUAUCAUUUCUUAAUUUGCUUAUUAAAGUGCCAGCAAAUGUCAAAGAAAUAUUUCAAUAUUAUCACUUAAGAUUCUUAUAA